GGUCGAGAACAGGAUCGUGAUGAACUCCCGAUUUCACGUUCCUUAUAAUGAGCGGUGUUGUAGUUCACAUGGAUGGUUGAUCUUCACCGAGGAGACCUUGGCUUUAACACUAUUCAAUCCUUUAUCUGGAGCAACCAUCCAUCUCCCUCCGGUGAGUAAGGUUCCGACUAAAGAAGAACUUGGGGAAUACGGGUUUUACGACCACGAAUAUGAAGUCCAAAAAGUUGUGUUGUCUGCUGAUCCUUCUAUUGCUCCGGACAACUAUGAGGUUCUUGCCAUUUACGAAGACGGAAGGCUUGCCUUGUUUAAGUGCGGAUGGAGCACAUGGAUUCAUGUCGAAUGGGAUGGACUCCUAAUCAGAGAAGUAACCUAUUUCAAUGGAAAGUUUUAUGCAGCUAACGCCUUAUCAUUGAUGUGCCUCGAUGUGUGCAGUAACAAACUCGAAUCUAACUCCGUCUCUGUUACUCUGAGAUGCCUCGCUGAACGGCCACUUAAUAGUGCUUGUUCUGGCAUGACAUACCUUGUUGCGACACCUUACGGACAUCUCCUCUGGAUUUACAGGAUUCAUACAUAUAAGAGUAUCGGCACCCCUAAAGAUGUUCGGGAUGACAUCAAAGAGUGUCUUGAAGUCAGCGACCAAAUAGAUGAGAACGGCUGCAUAAGGUACCGCAUCACGACGCGCUUCGAACUCUAUGAGGUGAAGAAGAAAGAAGGGUCGACGAUGCAGUUAGUAGCAGAGCCAGAGCCCAUUAAAACGCUUGACGACAUGGUUCUGUUCUUGGGUCACAACGAGUCGGUGCUGGUUUCAACUCGUGAUUUCCCCGAGUACAAAGCAAACUGCAUCUACUACGUAGAUGAUUGUCUUUACUGGCCAAUUGGAGCUCCUUAUCAACCUUUUGGAGCGACUGACAUGGGUGUCUUCGAUCUCGAGAGUCAGUGCUGUAAGCCGUUUGAUUUCGUCGGCUUUGGAAAGGGACUCAUGCCACCGCCUGUAUGGGUCCUCCCAAAGGCGAACUUUGAAAUACCACUUUCUAAUUAAUAUAUGCAUGCAUCCUU